CCCAUUUGAAUAUAGCCCUGGAAGUUUUAUAAUGGCACAAACCCUAGCGACCCUUCCUCUCCUCGGUGGGCGACGAGGAGCUGUUGCUUCUGAACUAGCAUAAUUCAAAUUAAGGAUUUUCAUUUAUUCUCUAGACACAAGAAUGGCACGGGGAAACAAGCUAAAAGGAAAAUUUCGGGAAGAAGAAGAAGAAGAGAAGCCGGUGAUAGAAGUGAGCAGCGGCGACGACGAAGAGGCGAACGAGGAUCUGAGCUUGAGAAUCGUUGAGAAAUCUCUACUAAUGCGAGCAGCCAAGUUGGUUCCAAACGACAACGACGCUGUUGUUUUGUGUGAUGAUGAUAAUUUGGCUAAGAAUGAUAGCGGUGUUGUCGGUGUAAGCGGUGGUGAUGGUGGCAGUGGUGAGAGGAAGGUGCUGGAGUUGGCAUCAUCGUCGUCGAUGGAGGUUGAAGCGGCGGUUAAGGAUCCUACUUCGGUUAAGAAAAGGAAGAAGAAGAAGAUUCAAAAGAUGGAAACUGAAAACCAAUCUGCUGUUAUUUCAAAGGAAGUAGAGAAUGCAGAAACAAUUGAAAAAUUGGAGCCUAUGGAAAACGCAGAGGCAGUUCAGAACACUGUAGAAUUGAUUGAAAAUGUGGAUGCAAGUGCUGUUGAGAUACCUCAGAAUAUUGUGCUGCGAAAGCUUCUUCGAGGCCCAAGAUACUUUGAUCCUCCGGAUAGUGGCUGGUCGACAUGCUAUAAUUGUGGCAAGGAAGGUCACAUGGCGGUGAAUUGUCCAUCACUUCAGAGGAAGAAAAGGCCGUGCUUUCUUUGUGGGAGUUUGGAGCAUGGUUUUAAGCAAUGUUCCAAGGAACGAGUCUGCAUUAUUUGCAGAUCAAGUGGCCACCGUACAAAUCGUUGUCCUGAGAAACAUAGAGGUGGUCUUCAGAGUUCAAAAGUGUGUUUAAAAUGCGGAGAUUCUGGGCAUGAUAUGUUUUCAUGCAAGAACAAUUAUUCUCUUGAUGAUCUCAAGGAGAUACAGUGUUACAUCUGCAAGAGCUUUGGCCAUCUAUGUUGUGUUAACUUCAUUGAAAAUAGCCCAAGGGAAGUUUCUUGCUAUAAAUGUGGUGAAAUCGGUCAUAAUGGUUUGGAAUGCUCAAGUUUGCACGAGGAAGCCACCACUGCAGCUUCACCUUUAUUAUGCUACAAAUGUGGUGAAGAAGGACAUUUUGCACGUGAAUGCACAAGUUCUGCAAAGACUGGGAAGAGGAAUCAUGAAUUAUCAACACCUUAUUUGAAGCCUCAUAGAGAGAACAGAAAAGUUACAGGAUUCAAAUCUGCACCUCAAGAUCUUGGAAAGUCUCGUAAAAGGAGAAAAAACAAGUCUGAAGAACAAACCAACACAACACCUAAAAAAUCCAAAGAAAGAGGUGGAUGGCUUACAGAGGAUCCUGAAGAUUCAUCCAAGUCGAAGUACAAAAAGAAUCGUUGGAGGUCUCCUUCAACACCAUCUUAUAGGGGUCAUAAUAUUUCUACUGCAACAUCUGGUGGUUGGAUGUCAAAUUCUCAAUCUUCCAAGAGAAUGUACAAGAGUCAUUCAGGUAUGUCAGGUUCUCAAACUUAUAAGAAAAUGCAUAAUAGUCAUUUAGAAUCUUCAUCAUUUCAAGGUUCGACUAUGCCUUUCGAGAACAGAUUUUCCGCAUCAAGGUUUAACAGCUCUGGCCGUGUGCUGUUUAGGGGAAAUUAUGAUUGGUGGUAGAAACUUAGCAUUUUGUGGAACAACAGCAAAGGCAUUUUAAACUUGUUCACUUUUCUGGUUCAUCCAACAUUGUAACCUUGUAACAAUGCAAGCUUUAGUUUUAAGUUACUUGUUAAUGAAUCUGCUUUCUCCUUUCA